CCGUUUUGUUUCGUUUAUAAAUCGGGGGUGUCCGAGCCCCCGAUUCCGCCGCUCAUUUCCACCACAUGAUGCAAACUUAGAAAGGGGAGAGAGAAACAAGAGAGAGAGAGAGAGAGAGAGGGGGGCGAGAGGGGAAAGGCAAAGAGAAAAGAAGAGAGAGAGAGAGAGAGAGAGAGAGAGAGAUAGAGAGAGAGGGGGAGGAGAGAGAGAAAGAGGGACUCUCGCUCCGUUCCCUUCUCCAACCUCCGAUUCGGUCAUUUUAGAAGAGAGAAAGAGGAAUCGAUUGAGGUAUCUUUCACAUGUUCUGGUGAUUUUCCCGGCAAUGAUUGGCUCCCUGUGGUUGAAAGGAGUAAACUAGGGAUCUGCUUCAAGUUAUUCCUACUCCGUUUUCGAAACAGAAAAGAAUCUGUUGAAGUUUUUUCCAGUUCGGCUCAAUUCGAAACAGAAAAGAAUCUGUUGAAGUUUUUUCCAGUUCGGCUCCUUGGUUUGAGGAUUCUAGAACUUUCUCUGUUAAGUUUUUGUUCAUCAUCUUUUAUGAGAAUAGCAACGAUGGGUGUGAUUGCAAGAAAGGUUUUUCCUGUCUGUGAGAGUUUAUGUUUCUUGUGCCCUUCUUUGGGAGUAAGGUCUAGGCAUCCAGUGAAGCGGUACAAGAAACUUCUAGCUGAAAUUUUUCCUCGAACACAGGAAGAAGAACCAAAUGAUCGGAAAAUUGGUAAAUUGUGUGAAUAUGCUUCUAAAAACCCUCUGCGCAUUCCGAAGAUAACGAAUUAUUUGGAACAAAGGUGUUACAGGGAAUUGAGAAAUGAGCACUUUGGGUAUGCAAAAGUUAUAAUGUGCAUUUAUCGAAGACUGUUAAUAUCUUGUAGAGAACAAAUGCCCCUGUUUGCAAGCAGUUUACUGAGUAUCAUAAACACACUUUUCGAUCAAACAAGACAGGAUGAGAUGCGCAUAAUUGGAUGUCAUACCUUCUUUGACUUUGUGAACACUCAGGUGGAUGGUACAUACCAGUUCAAUCUGGAAGGCUUGCUACCGAGGCUUUGUCUGCUAGCUCAAGAAAUGGGAGAAGAUGAGAAGGCCUGCAAUUUACGUGCAGCAGGCUUACAGGCCCUCUCUUCUAUGAUUUGGUUUAUGGGUGAACUUUCACAUAUCUCAUCGGAAUUUGACAAUGUUGUUUCGGUAGUUCUGGAAAACUAUGGAUCCCCAAAAAAGUCAGAUGAUUCUCAUGAAGGUAAUCAAACCUCCCAAAACCGGUGGGUGCAAGAAGUCCUUAAAGCCGAGGGUCAUGUCUCUCCUUCCCCAUUUAUCAUGUCUAGGGUUCCAUCCUGGAGAAGCAUUGUUGAUAAAGGAGUUAAUUUGCCAAUGGAAGAAGCCACGAGCCCUAACUUUUGGUCCAGGGUUUGUAUACACAACAUGGCCAGGCUGGGCAAGGAGGCCACUACUAUCCGACGUGCUUUGGAGUCUUUAUUUCGAUACUUUGACAACAAUGAUUCAUGGUCAUCGAAGAACAGGCUCGCUUUGGGCGUGCUAUUGGAUAUGCAAUUUUUAAUGGAAAAGUCAGGGCAAAACACACAUUUGUUGAUAUCGAUAUUGAUAAAGCAUCUUGAACAUAAAGCCAUUUUAAAGCAGCCUGAGAUGCAGCUUAGCAUAGUAGAAGUAACAGCGACCCUUGCUGAACAAUCAAAAGCGCAGGCCUCUGUAGCAAUUAUAGGAGCAAUAAGUGACCUUGUAAGGCAUUUGAGGAAAACAAUGCACUUUUCUCUGGGAAGUGAAGAGCAUGGGGAUGAGAUAAUCAAAUGGAACGACAAGUUCCGAACAGCAGUUGAUGAUUGUCUUGUUCAGUUAUCUAAAAAGGUCGGUGAUGCUGGGCCUGUUCUUGACAUGAUGGCGGUGAUGUUAGAAAAUAUAUCUAACACUGUUUCAGUAGCUCGAUCAACAAUCUCUGCUGUUUAUCGGACGGCUCAGAUAAUUGCAUCUGUACCAAAUCUUUCGUACCAGAACAAGGCAUUUCCUGAAGCUCUGUUUCAUCAAUUGCUACUAGCUAUGGUUCACCCUGAUCAUGAAACGCGUGUGGGGGCCCACCGUAUAUUUUCUGUCGUGCUCGUUCCGUCUUCUGUGUGUCCUUUUACUCUUUCAGCCAUUCCCGAAUCACCUAGUAUAUAUGACCUUCGAAGAACACUCUCACGGACCGUCUCCGUCUUCUCCUCUUCUGCUGCUCUUUUUGAGAAGUUGCGAAGGGACAAAUGCUCCUUUAGGGAAAGUGCCAUCCAAGAAAAUCCCCAUAAUGAUGACGUACGGCAAAAUAGCAUCAAUAAUCAAAGGCUUUAUAAGUUGCAGUCAUCUCAAAGCCGGGUUCGUAGUUUGAAGAGUCCCUCUGUCUCUUUAUCUAUGGACAUAAGUUCCGUGACCAAGUCACCCCAAGAUAAUGAACCGGUUUCCUUGAGGCUUAGCAAUCGACAGAUCACGCUUUUGCUGUCGUCGAUCUGGGCUCAGGCUAUAUCUCCUCAAAAUACUCCUGCGAACUACGAGGCUAUUGCUCAUACUUACAGCCUAAUAUUGUUGUUCUCUCGACCCAAGACAACAAUCCAUGAGGCUCUGACUCGAAGUUUCCAACUUGCAUUCUCUUUGAGAAACACUGCUCUUGCACAAGGGGGUUCGCUGCCACCAUCACGCUGUCGAUCCCUAUUUAUACUCUCGACCGCUAUGAUUGUGUUUGCUUCAAGAGCUUUUAGUGUUGCACCUCUUAUACCGAUCGUUAAGUCAUCACUAAAUGAGAAAACGAUCGAUCCUUUUCUCUGUUUGGUUGAAGACUCCAAACUUGAGGCCGUGAACAGUUUAUCUAAUCAUCAGACAAGAGUUUAUGGAUCAAAGGAGGACGAUGAUAGUGCUUUGAAGUCUCUUUCAGCUGUAGAACUUACCGACAGCCAGUCAAAAGAGUCCAUGGUGUCCAUGAUCGUGAAUAGCAUAAGAGAUCUACCCGAUUCAGAGUUGUCCAGCAUUGAGAAGCAACUAUUAAGUGACUUCUUGCCCGAUGAUAUAUGCCCAUUGGGUGCUCAGUUUGUGGAACAGAUGCCGUGUAAGAAUGACGACAACUAUCAAGAUGAGGCCAUGCUUGCUGCUAUCUCCGGUGAGGAUGAUCUCUUUAUUGAAGCAUUUGAAAGUACAGCAGAUCAAAGUGCGCUUGCAUCUGCAGACACAUCAAAUCUUCUGAGCGUCAACCAGCUUUUAGAGACAGUUUUGGAGACAGCAUGGCAGGUGGGAAGGAUGUCGGUUUCGACGACCCCUGACAUUCCAUUUAAGGAAAUGACCAGUCACUGCGAGGCUCUUCUUAUGGGGAAACAACAGAAGAUGCUGGCUUUGAUGAACUCGCAGCGAAAGCAGGGAACCGUUCUUAGUGGUGGAUACUCACAAGAUCAAAGUGAGACAAAAGAGUCCUCAUAUUUGCUUGGAGGCCAGUUCGAAAAGUGCAAGCAUUUUACACUGCAGAGUAGCAAUCCUUUCCUUGAGCUGAAUGUGGAUGCAUACCCCAAAAACCUAUUUGCGGGCACUUCGAAUUCGAGUGAUAGCCAUUUCCUCAAGCUCCCGGCAUCAAGCCCUUACGAUAACUUUCUAAGGGCCGCUGGCUGCUGAGUUGGCACUAAGGAGAGUACAUAGCCAAAAAAAAAAGAUUAAAGAAAGGGGUUAAACCCUCGUAUUAACGUCGUUGUGGAUUAGCCUUGUAAAGUAGCUUUGCUUAGCCAAAAUGCUUGUGCUUUGGCUCUUGCUUUGUCCUCUAUGCGGCCACUGGGCAUUUUGUCGCAACGGUCGUAGAGGGUUAACAUUUUAUUUUGUUUUAUCCUCACCCCAUUCUUUUAUUGUAUAGGAUUGUAGAAAAAAAAUUUUCCUUAUAUUUUGGUGGUCGCGUCAUCGGUUGUAGUGAGAGGGGUAUGGUUGAUUUGUUUCCUGGUAAAUCAUUUAAAUCAUUUAUGUCAUGAGGGAGGAAAAUUCUCCCGAGAAGGGAAAGUGGCCUGUGAUUGAUUUAACCUGAGUUUAAAACUCGCGCUAUCGACGAUUGAGCAGUGAGCUUAUAUUUUACCAAAACUCGAUUUAUCAGAAUUAUUUCUGAGCCUUUGGUCGGAGUCUUGAUCUUCAUGUUUGGGCUUAUUGUGUUUCACCCUUUUGCCUUUGUGAUAAGUUACUAACCUGAUUCUCUAGACAAUAGUUUGAUGUACAAGUGCUAAACAAUUCUCUCUAUCAAAAGAUUGUCCUGAUUAUUGUAAUUAGAUUCUUCAUGUGAGGCAAAACUUCCUCUUUCCUCCA